GCGGCCGAAAUCAGUAUUUUUUAAAAAAAAAUUCCUCAACAAAGUUCACAUGUCUCCUUAUACCCUUCACUAUAUAAGUCCUAACUAAACUGAAUCUGCCAUCAGAAGCUUAAUUACUUCCUGACCAUGGACUGGUACUCAUGGCUCUUAAAAUCUUCGAGGCUCGACCGGAAUCUGGUCUACGAGUACUCUGUCCUUCUUUCCCAGAACGAGCUCGAGGAAGAUGACAUCGCCCACUUCGACCACGAGUUUCUCCUCAGCAUGGGCAUUGAUGUCGCCAAGCAUCGCCUCGAGAUCCUCAAGCUUGCUAAGAGCCACCGCCGUUAUCACCGCCCCGGCCGACCAGUCGCCGCUCUCCUGACAGUCAUCCACGAAGCCUGCAACUGCUUAACAAGGUAUGUUCAUGAUCUAGUCCACCAUCCAAGAAAGGCAGUGGUGAUUAUGCCGGGGCCAGGAGGAGGGGGGCGACAGAUGGUGAGCGGUGGGAUCAGGAGGCUGGCUAUGGCGAAGAAAGGAAGGUUGCGGAUCACUGAUGUAGUCUGCAAUGGAGUUAAGGCAGUUCAGCUCGGUCGGAGCCCAGCUUCACAGAGCAUGAGCCCUGUAGUCGGCAAUGAAGUUAAGGCAGUUCAGCUCUGUCGGAGCCCAGCUUCACAGAGCUUGAGCCCUGUAGUCGGCAAUGGAGUUAAGGCAGUUCAGCUCUGUCGGAGCCCAGCUUCACUGAGCUUGAGCCCUGUAGUCGGCAAUGGAGUUAAGGCAGUUCAGCUCGGUCGGAGCCCGGCUUCACUGACCAUGAGCCCAAUGGCACUGCUUGCUUCAAGGGAAGAAGGCCAUGAUGAUGGCUUUACUUGGAUUGGGUACAACGAUACAGACCAAAUGAGGUGGGACUCCAUGUUUCAGGAUCUGAAGCCUACCUGACUGGAUGAGCUCUCCUUUUGAAGAUUUCAGAAGGUUCUUAUCAGCUACAGAAUCAAGAUUUAUUCGAAAGAACGAAGUUUUAACUAAAUUUUGAAUCAAAAUUUUCAUAUAGUGAUAAUUAGUUUAUGAGGAAAAAGAAUUGGUACCAUCAGCUCCACUGUUUCUACCACUAGCUCUGAUCUGUUUUGGUGUCUCUGCUUUAGCUUUUUGGAAUCCAGCUUUUGAGAGUGAGGUGUGAAUGGCUAGAUUUACUUGAAGGUGGAGUGUUUAGGCUUUUACUUUGCUUUUGUGGAAGAAUGACUGUAAGAAAUGCUAGUGGGAAAUUAUUAUGCUAAAGGGGAGGUAAUAUUUU